UCGAAGCCUCCAUUGGCUGCCUCGGCGCCGCCCUGGCCCCGCCACAACAUGGCGGCCGCGCGCUGCCUGGCGUGGCCGCUGUCAUCCCUACGGAGAUUGUGGCAGGUCCAGGGCUUGCCUCAAAGUUCGGCCACGGGCUUGUGCUCGCGAGUGAGGACUUAUUCCCGCAACGCCCUCUAUGAUCUUCUGGGCGUCCCCACCACCGCCACGCAGGCACAGAUCAAAGCGGCGUACUACCGGCAGAGCUUCCUCUACCAUCCGGAUCGCAAUCCCGGGAGCACCGAGGCUGCCGAGCGCUUCACGCGCAUCUCCGAAGCUUAUCUGGUCUUGGGCAGUACCAUCCUCCGUCGCAAGUAUGACCGAGGUUUGCUCAGGGACCAGGACCUGCGCGGACCUGGUGUCAAGCCCUCUAAGACGCCGGUGGCCGAUCCCACUCCUCCCCGCCCUCCUCCCUACACCCCUAGGGCUCACGGUUGCUUUCGGGCUUCUCAAGGCGACGGCCGCACUAUGUUCGAUUUUGACGCCUUCUACCAGGCGCACUAUGGAGAACAGCUAGAGAGGGAGCGUCGUCUGCGCGCCCGGAGGGAAGCCCUUCGCAAAAAGCAGAAGGACCACGCCAGCAAGGGGCCCCGCUGGGACGAUACCCGAGAUGCCACUUUCUUUGUCAUCCUUUUCCUUAUCUUCAUCUUUGUCGGCUUUCGUAUUUAAUCGGAGAAAAGGAGAGAAAGGGAUCCAGCCCAAGAAACCUGCUUUUCUUGACCUUUGAACUAUUGGUUUACGAUUGAAUUGACUUUCUCUUUUGACCCUUCUGACACCCUCCAGCCUGGCCAGUGAUCAACACAUCACUCUCCUUUGGUCCAGAAAAAGACGAUUUUUCAGUGGCCAAGAAGUGGCCCCAGGAUAGAGAUUCCUUAAAACCACAAAUUUAAGUGCUUUCCAGAAUCUCCUGGGUGCCUGCUCAUUUCUAGAAGUUGCCCUUCUGAUGCCAACCCCCAGAACAUUUCCAGUAGCCCUAAGCAAGAUUUGCCCUGUCCCCUGCCAUCUGUCUGUAUAAUAGGUGGUGCUUCCCCUGUAACCUCUGAACAGUGCAAUACGACUGGUUGUCUGACGCCAAAAAGAUAAAAUUCUUGGGGGCUCUUGUGAAAUUUGUUUUUCUGUGUUACCCCAAGUCACAGGUGAGACUUGAUCAACGAUCUAGUUGACACUGGGGAUGUAACUCAGUGAGGGCAUGCAAAAGGCAUGGAUUUAGUCCCCAACUUUAUUGUCUUCCUGUGUCCCCCUUACCCACUAAGAAAAAGUUAGUGAAAGAUUGCCAAAUUUUUCCUCAGGUCAGUGCCACACCAUUUCUGUCAUGGGGGAUGGAGAAAAAUCAAUCUUAAGGAUGGGGAAUACAGUCCUGUGUCCAUGUCCAUAUCUAUCUAGGGAGUGACCUUGGGGGAAAGUGCUAUGUGAGCCUAACAGCAGAAGGAGAUGAUUUUUUCCUCCUAAGGUCAGUCCCUAUUAUUCCUGUUCUGUUCCACAGUGAUGACGUAGGGUGGUAUUACUGGGGCCAAGUUCAUCUUGGGGGCAGUGUGCCUGUCCUUGGUCUUUUACUAGCCGCUUGCAUUGCUAAGUGUGCAGCCUGUUAACUGUGACGAGACUUGGAGCUUGAAUUCCUGAGUGUGGCCUGUGCAUCUGCAGUGCUGAUCAUAAGCACCACCAGUCAGAUCCCUCUAAUGAGGCUAUUGGAUUGUGAGUAAUUUCUGCCUAGAAGAAGCAGAAGGCUCACUGGUCAAGGUGAAGGUUAGGCCAGUAAUACAGGGAGGCUGAGGCUGGGGGAUUGUGACCAACCACAUAGCAGGCCUGGCUUUAAAAGGAUACAAAAUGACACACAGGGGCCAUGUGUAAAGCCAAGAGACUACAGACCCGCAGCAGAGUCUAGCUGUGGCUCAGUUGAUAGGGCUCACCUUCAACGCACAAAUCUCUGGGUUUCUCCCCCAGCACCACAUAAACCAGGCACCAUGAUCUUGGCACAUUUUGGAAACAAUAUCAACUAUGUAUCACAGACUGGCCUAGAACUUUCCAUCCUCUGCCUCAGUCUCCUGAGUGCUGAGGCGUGGGCCACAGACCCACAGGGAUAUCGGAGGCUUUCGGGAGGAUUGCCAUAAAAUAGUUCCCUUGGUAACAUUGUAUGCUUCCCAACUCCCAAGAUUUUCCAGAGUUUUCUGGUCUCUCAAGAAGAGUAAACUUGGCAAUGGACAUAGGCUAUUCCCCUACCCUGAUGGUGGAGGGAGGGACCGUAGGAGUGCAAGCACAUAGGAAGGCUGAGUGAACAGUGGGCAUGAGGCUGAGUCAGGAAGAAAGGAGGUAACGGUGCUCACAUCUGGGGAUCUGUUCUUGCCAGACUGCUAAAAUGGGCAAACUGAGUAAAAUGCCUUUACUGAUCACA